AUGCCAGUGUUCCUGCAUCCCCUAGAGCCAGCCUCUGACGAUAGGGUGGGCGCGCCAGAAUGGCGCCAGCGUACUCGGGAUACAGUGAAUGCUGCCCAGCAGCUGACCGAGCGAUGCAGCACCAACGCGGUGUCUGUGUGGCAGCCCUGCGAAAGCGUCUCAGACCCCAACGUUAACCUCCAAAUGCGCCGACGAAAUCGCAAGGCCCCCUGGCGUUUUCGCGUAGAAAUGCUCAAGGGAGGCGGCACAGUGGAACAGCCGCCCCCAGGGGAUGGGGUCACCCUCUGGAAGGAGAAGCUCAAGCCCCCUGCCUGGCAAGCAACCAUACCCCUACCACUGCACAGGGAAGCCCGGGCCAUGCAGACUAAUGAGCAUAUCCAGAACUAUGUUCGAGGUGUAAGGCUCCUGGCCGCUCGCCUGCGCCAGGCGGAGCAGGAGAUCAAUGGGCAGCUCCGGGCGGUCAUGCGACAGAGAGAAAUCACAGACUACAGGCUCAGUGAGAUACGAAAGGGUCUGCUCAUCAACGAGCAGAGCAGGAAAAUCCGGCUCUACCGGCCUGCCUCAGAGAAGAUCCCAGACAAAGCUGACACUCUGCUCUUGUGGGAGAAAGAGGAGCUGCGGGGCCUAAAAAGGAAAAUGGAAAAAGACAUGGAAACGUCAGAGACCUUGCUCAAGGCCCUGAACAAAUGUCGUGAUGAUCUGACAUUUUGCUGUGAAGAGCGGCUCCGGGUGGUGGAUCUCAUGAACCACUGCUUGGAUUCAGUGCUGGUGGAGGCUGGGCGUCAGUCCUGGAUCAAUAUCAGCCGCAUCCACACUCCCAAGGUGCAGGGUACCGCCAGCCCACCAGUCAACCCUGUGGGGGUCAACCCCCCAGAGUGUAACUUGGCUCUGAAUGAUGCCAAACGACUGCUGGCAGAGGGGAAAAUAAUAUUGGAGAAGAUGAUAAAGAGCGAACAUCAUGCCCACACCUGGCAACUACACAUCAACAAGUCUGUGAGGAAUUCUCUGUCCCGAAAGAUGGAGGAAACUUUGCAACUCAAGGAAAGACUGAGCAUGAUGAAUGGGCUCAUGAGAGGGACCAUCCACAGAUGCAAGAAAUUCAAGGAAGAGAUGCUUAUCACACAGGCACUCAACAAGGGUCCUGUGUGUGAAGCUCACCUGGAAACCCGAGAAAAGCUGGAGAGGCCCAUAGUCCGUGUGUUCCAGAGACAUGUUGGCACCCAGCUUCCAGAAGCCAGCCACCUUACUCUGGGCACCGAGAAGCUGAAGCGCUGUAUCAUCAGUAUGGAGAAGGACCUGGAAAAGCUGAAUAGCAGCAGGAAGCACCUGAAUGUGUGUCUGCGCCAGAAGAAUAUUGGUCGCAAAGUGGAUUAUGAUGUGGCACGCCUGCGUGUUCGCCAGAGCCAUCCGCAUGUGUCCUACGAGCAAGUCCAGCGUAUGUGUCACGACUGACCCUUAUCCCACCCACA